UACUACUACUACUACCGUUGUUCCUGAAUUGUAGUGCUAAUAAUAGUCACAGUCACUCUAAACUAAAGGGUCCGUUUACGACACUUCUUCUCUUCCUUCAAACUUGAAUCUCUCUCUCAAAACCAAAACAAACUCCCAUUGUUAUCAUCGCGUAAUUGUUGUGAUUAGUUUCUCUGUAAUCAAUCAAAAUGAAUAGCAAAAAAGGUCACACGGUUAUGGACGUUGGAGCUGAUGGAGUUGCCAUCAUCACCAUCAUCAAUCCUCCUGUCAAUUCUCUCUCCCGUGAUGUUUUGCGAAGUUUAAAGGAGAGUUUUGAUCAAGCUGCACAGAGAGAUGAUGUCAAGGCAAUUGUUGUUACAGGUGCAAAGGGAAAAUUUUCUGGAGGUUUUGAUAUUUCUGCAUUUAGUGGUCUUCAAGAGGCAAAAGAGCGUCCAAAACCUGGGUGGAUAUCAAUAGAAAUCAUCACUGAUACAAUAGAAGCGUCAAAGAAACCCUCAGUUGCUGCCAUUGAUGGCCCUGCCUUGGGUGGGGGCUUAGAAGUUGCAAUGGCAUGUAACGCACGGUUAUCAACUGCAACCGCUCAACUAGGUUUGCCUGAACUUCAGCUUGGGAUAAUUCCUGGAUUUGGAGGAACACAGCGACUUCCUCGUCUCGUUGGUCUGCCAAAGGCACUUGAGAUGAUGUUGACUUCCAAGCCAGUGAAAGGUAAGGACGCUUUUAAUUUGGGGCUUGUAGAUGCUUUGGUAUCACCUGAUCAGUUGGUAAACACUGCACGCCGAUGGGCCCUGGAUAUCUUGGACCGCCGACGACCAUGGAUUACCAGUCUUUACAAGGCUGACAAAAUAGAACCUCUUGGGGAAGCUAGACAGAUAUUGAAAUUUGCACGCGCUCAAGCCCGAAAACAGGCUCCUAAUCUCAAGCAUCCUCAAGUCUGCAUUGAUGUUAUUGAAGCAGGAAUAGUUUCUGGUCCCCGUGCUGGGCUCUGGAAGGAAGCUGAAGCAUUUGACGAACUGGUACAAUCAGAUACUUGCAAAAGCUUAAUUCACAUAUUUUUUGCUCAAAGAGGAACAUCUAAGGUACCAGGGGUUACUGAUCGUGGUCUGGUUCCAAGAUCCGUGAAAAAGGUUGCCAUCCUUGGUGGUGGACUAAUGGGCUCUGGGAUAGCAACAGCUUUAAUACUUAGUAAUUAUUCUGUCAUAUUGAAAGAAGUGAAUGAAAAAUUCUUGGAUGCUGGUAUCAAUAGGAUUAAAGCAAACCUACAGAGCCGUGUUAAGAAAGGUAAUUUAACUCAGGAAAGAUUUGAAAAGGCAUUGUCUCUUGUCAAAGGUUCCCUCAACUAUGAUAGCUUCAGAGAUGUGGACAUGGUGAUAGAGGCUGUUAUUGAGAAUGUUUCCUUGAAGCAACAGAUCUUUGCUGAUCUUGAAAAGUACUGUCCACCUCAUUGUAUACUUGGUAGUAAUACUUCCACAAUUGACUUGGACCUGAUCGGAGAAAAGACCAAGUCUCAAGAUCGAAUUAUUGGAGUCCAUUUCUUCAGGUGGUAUCCUGUAUUUGUUAAAUAUUUUUCCUGCUGCUGUAUCUUUCUAACUGAAUUUGACUUGUGCUUCUGCAGUCCUGCACAUGUUAUGCCACUUCUGGAGAUUGUACGUACCAAGCGGACAUCUGCUCAAGUAAUAGUUGACUUGUUAGAUAUUUCAAAGAAGAUAAAGAAAACUCCGGUGGUGGUAGGAAACUGUACAGGAUUUGCUGUUAAUAGGAUGUUCUUCCCAUAUACACAAGCAGCUCUCUUGCUUAUUGAACGUGGCACAGAUGUUUAUCAAAUUGAUAAAGCAGUAACCAAAUUUGGAAUGCCCAUGGGGCCUUUAAGAUUGUGCGACCUUGUUGGUUUCGGCGUGGCUGUUGCAACUGGCUCCCAAUUUGUUCAGAACUUUCCUGAGCGAACUUAUAAAUCAAUGCUUAUUCCUCUUUUGCAAGAGGAUAAGAGGGCUGGCGAAACAACUCGCAAAGGCUUUUAUUUGUAUGAUGAUCGACGCAAGGCCAGUCCUGAUCCUGAAUUGAAGAAUUUUAUUGAGAAAGCUAGGAGCAUUUCUGGUGUCUCCAUUGAUCCCAUGCUCGUCAAGUUAAAAGAAAAGGACAUCAUUGAGAUGAUAUUCUUUCCGGUGGUGAAUGAGGCUUGUCGUGUCCUUGAUGAAGGUAUUGCAGUCAAAGCAGCAGAUCUUGAUAUUUCUGCUAUCAUGGGAAUGGGCUUUCCAGCUUACAGGGGAGGUAUCAUAUUCUGGGCUGACUCUCUUGGAUCUAAAUACAUAUAUUCAAGAUUGGAGAAAUGGUCAGAGUUGUAUGGAUCAUUCUUCAAGCCUUGUGCCUACUUGGCUGCAAGGGCUGCCAAAGGGAUUCCUCUGGGCGCCCCAAUGGAGCAAGCUAAGUCGCGGUUGUAGGGUACUAAUAGCUCAUUACAUGAUUACUUAAUCAAAUGUUCUCUUCCCCUUUCUUUCUUCUAAAUCAUAAGAAUAUAGGUGAAACUGGAGAAAGAUCUGAAUAAUGUAUGAUUAGAAAAUAAUUGACUACAGCAGAUUUGCUUGGUCAAAAUAGAAGUACUUUAGGAUUAGGUAUAUGGGUUGCUCCACUUGCAGCCCUUGGCUGUGUCUGUUGUUACUAGCACUAAUAAUGGAAGUAUUGAGUUGUUGGCUUAAAUGAA